AUGUUGGGUGACGAAGAUUUCUACAUCUUUAAGAAUGUAUCUGAUAUACGGCCAUGGGAUGGUCCUCAGUAUCAUAUUGCACCAAGAUGGGCCUUCACCCUCCAGGCAGUUUUUAUGGGUGCGGUCUUUAUUAUUGGCACGCCACUAAACGCUAUUGUAUUGGUGGUGACGGUGAAAUACAAGAAACUUCGGCAACCACUCAACUACAUCCUAGUAAACAUCUCAGUGGGUGGCCUUCUCAUAUGCAUCUUUUCCAUUUUUGUAGUUUUUAUGAACAGCUGGCAGGGCUACUUCAUUUUUGGGAAGACAUUUUGUGCUAUUGAGGCUUUUGUGGGUACACUUGCAGGUUUAGUGACAGGCUGGUCUCUGGCUUUCCUGGCCUUCGAGAGGUACAUUGUCAUCUGCAAACCGAUGGGCACCUUCACCUUCACCUCAAAGCACGCCUUAGCGGUUGUGCUGUGUACCUGGAUGAUUGGGGUCGGGGUGUCGGUACCCCCUUUCUUUGGGUGGAGUAGGUAUAUCCCAGAAGGAUUACAAUGCUCCUGCGGCCCUGAUUGGUAUACUGUUGGUACAAAAUAUCGCAGUGAAUAUUACACGUGGUUCAUAUUUGUGUUCUGCUUUAUUAUCCCCCUGAGUCUGAUCUGUUACUCUUAUGCAAGACUGUUGGGAGCACUGCGGGCGGUUGCAGCACAGCAACAGGAAUCAGCCAGUACACAGAAGGCUGAGAAGGAAGUUUCCCGUAUGGUCAUAGUUAUGAUUGGAUCCUUUUGUCUAUGUUAUGUUCCCUAUGCAGCUAUGGCAAUGUAUAUGAUUACUAAUCGAAACCAUGGACUGGACUUGCGUUUUGUAACUAUCCCUGCAUUUUUUUCCAAAAGCGCCUGUGUCUACAAUCCCGUCAUAUACACCUUCAUGAACAAACAGUUCCGUGGAUGUAUCAUGGAGACAGUAUGUGGUAGACCUAUCACUGACGAUUCUACACUGUCUACCACCAGUCAAAAAACUGAAGUUUCUACAGUAUCCCACAGCCAGGUCAGCCCAUCUGCCAGCUAG